AUGUCCUCCCACCACACCACACCCCGCGAAACCCGCGAAUUCAGUGCAGCUCGUGCAGCUCGCGAAGCCGCAGAAGAAGAAGAUCUCUGCGAAUACGUCCAAUUCCACAAAGGCGCCAACGCCCGACCAGACCUGCCUCAUCUUUUGUAUGACGUCCCUGCUAUUGGGGAUGACCCGCCGCCUUACCUGCAUGCUGUUUACUCCUCGGAGCUUUCGGUUGAACGGAUAGAGGGAGGGGAAAGGAGAGGGGAGGAGAGGAUGGACGACUCGAACACGCUAUUCUAUGUCUCAACUAUGAAUGUAGUAUAG